ACAAUAACAUUAUGUAUCUACCUAUAUUUUAUUUAUCUAAAAAGUAUAAUUCAUAAUAUAAGUAGCUCUAAAAAUGUUAUUAACGGCAUUAAACACAAAGUAGAGUUUAAUCAUUAUGAUCUUGAAGAUUUGUGAUUUUUGUUAUCUUAACCAGUGGCAAUUUAGUUUUUCGUAUUACCUACUCAGUUAGCGAAUGUCAUUGUACUUAUUUGUUAUUAAUUCAAAGCAAUUUAAAUAAAGCGAUAAAACUUUAUUUUAUGUAACAAAUAGGUGAUUAUUAAAUAGUGGCUUAGAAACUAUAGAUACAUUUAUUGUAGGAUAAGUAGUACCUGUGAACACAAAACAAAACAAUUUUCUUUAAACCUGUCAUGUAUAUUAUUAAUAUGUUGCUCUUAAGGCUGAUAGUCAAUUUAAAGUUGUAUAAGUUAACAUGUAUCUGUAUAAUUGAAGAUGAUAAUUAGGCUGAUGUAUGAAGGUAAUCUGAUUAGGACUUCAUAUGACUUAUGUCUUCCUUACAGUAGUAAACAGUUGGAACUUUGAGCUAAAAAACACCUACCCAAUUAGAUCCAAGUGUUGAAAUUAUAAAUAUCUUGUAAAAUGUGGGAUGAUCUAUCUUAGGUUUUGUAAUGUUUGUCUAAGUCAAUAAAUAAUAAAUUAAAAACGAAUAGAGUAUAAAACAAUUUAAUUUUAAUUUGUUGGUUAGCAUUAAAUCUAACUGCUCAUUACAUUAAUUUUUUGUUUAGUUUUCAUUCGAACGAAUAUUUAAUAUAAAGUAUAAAACUAAACGCAAAGUUUAUUCAUAAUCAAGCGCAGUUUUCAACUCUGACGUCCGUAACUGUUUUAUGAACUGAAUAUCUUAUUAAAACUGACCUAACCCAUCAGGUAUUAAUAUUGCAUGUAUGAGAUUUAUAUGGGUUAAUGGUUAUAUCGAUGACUUGAUUUGCUUGAAAGCAAAAAAAAAUAUUGUAGGUCUUUUUGUAUUCCGUCUAUGAAGUGUCAGGAAGUCAACACUCGUUUCCUGCACUCUAUACAAGUUUUGUUCGGCGUCGCGCGUAAUUUAUUAAUAUCGUCCACUUCGAAAGUAGUACACUGGCGGCGCGCCACUGCAUUAUUGUACACUCAUUAGACAAUUCGAAUGGCGUUAAAAAAAUUUUUUUCUUCUCUUUAUUCCUCGGACGUCUAAGCGAGUAUAAUAUGGCGCAAUAUACUUACACCGUCUACCAAUCGUCGUUGAUUGAUUGAUUAUUCGCAGGCAGAAAUAGGUUUUCAGAGUAGGUUGUGGUAUGUGCAGUAAGGCUGUGAACGCGUCAUAACGAGCCGACGUUCAAAAGAAAGCUUCGGUUCUCAUCGCACGCGGUCGGUGGCAGUGGUUAAUGUGGCGUGGAUGAGCGAGGGUGACUGUAAACUAAUCGAUACGGCGUGACGCGGCACGCUCGAAGGGGAACCGCUAACUCCGUUAGACGCGGGUGGUGCCGACGCGCACAUUCCUCUGUCGUUUCGCGCCCGCCGUCGCGUCUCCCUCGCCAGUACCAAUCGUCCCGCUGUCGUCCGCCGACGUCCGCCAUGCGUCAUCCGUCCCGAGUGUUUUGUCGUCACUACUGUUUAUGUUACCGCGUUAUUGUACACCGACUAGAUUGACGACGUUAAACACCGACUGGAAGCUCACUCACAGUCAUUACUCAAUCGUUUCACCAUCGCCGCCAUUGGUUGUGGUGGUGCUCGUGCUAGUGUCGCCGUUGAGCGUCGGGAUUGUGCGAUGCGCAGCGGACCAUGACACCGUGUCACAGCGAGACAAGGAGGAAACAGCGGCGGGUCCACGGACUCCAGAUGCCGUGGCACCCGCAGCAAGUGGCCGGUUGGCUGGUGCUGGCUUUGUUCGGUGCCUGUUCAUUCGGUGUCCUAUUGCCUGGCCUCGGGCCUGACAUCUAACCAGUCGCGCUGUUCGUCCUGGGCAGCCUGUUCUUCUUACAUGUCGUGUCGCACGUGGCUGCGCUGCUCAUCGAUCCCGCAGACCCACAGCUCCGUGCUCUCGGGGAGAACGGAGAAUCGCUGCGGAAGUCCGUCCCUGAGCUGGACAAGACCAAACACGCGCACGUUAUCGAGAACGGCAAGUGUCACCUGUGUAAUAUAUACACGUCCGGCCACAGGACCAAGCACUGCGGAUCGUGCAAUAAGUGCGUGGAGAAGUUUGACCACCAUUGCAAGUGGCUUAACCACUGUAUCGGUGCUAGAAACUACGUAGCGUUCAUCGUGAGCGUCGUGUCGGCUGUGCUCGCAUGCUUGGUGAUCGUGCUGGUUUCGUCCGCUGAGCUGGUCAUCUACAACGCGGACCCGGUACACGUCGAACACUACCUUCGACCGAUGUUCGGCAGCAAUCAAACCAUCCAGGUAAACCAGUUGUUCAGCGUCAGUCGACUUUCGGUGGAUCGGAACGUGUUUGUGGCUGUCGCAUCUGCCCAGUGCGCAUUGGCCCUGGUCGCCAUGGUACUGCUACUGCACCUGUGCGUGUUCCACGUGUACAUAUCCGCGCUGGGAAUCACCACGUACGAGUAUAUCCGAAACUACAGGCGAUAUCCAGAGUUCGAUUCCAGGAACGGCGCAGCUGCGUUAUCGUCGUCGUCGUCCCUAUCCGACAAUCACGCCGCGAUGUCUUCGGGUUCCUGCAAGAACGCUGCUGCCAGGAAGUCCGUUAUGGCCAAAGUGUACGCUUCAGCGUGUUGUUACGGUGCGGUGACCGCAGGCCGGCACAAGCGGCCGUCAUGCGGCAUCCACUCAAACCUUAACGGCGCGGGCCGGAACAACCAAGACGCCGAUAACCACGACGAUAUGACCGUUGAGACGGUGGAAUCGUACGGUCGCAGUGGUUCCAGUAGACUGCUGAAUCCGAAGGACUUGGACCAGGCAAGACCGGAGGACCGCGAGCAGCAGAACACACAACCAAAGUGCCGGUAUUGUCUGGAGAAGAACAGGAUCCGGGGCGAUGGCGCACGGUUCUUCGUUUUGGGCAAACGCCGAAAAGGGUUCUGCUGCUGCUUCCAAAAACCCGAGCCAGUAUUUGGUCGAACAGCUGUCGCCGCCGCAACCGCACACCACGUCAAGGUUCCCCCAUCGCCGUUUGCUGUCCGCCGGAACCGUGUCAUACCCACCGACAAUGGUCAGUUAUCGUUGGUUGUUGACGAGUGGAAAUCAUUCAACUCGGGCUCACUUCCGGCCCUGCCACACGCGGCCGGCCACCGUCAGAUGCAAAAGAUCACGCUCAAGGAGCUAGGCCAGGUGUUGGCAUUCGUCGAACAACAGCCUUCAAAAACCAAGCGGCGCAAGGUGGGCAGCGGAAACGGGCAGAUAAAACACUCGAAAUCGUCGUCCAACCUGUCGCCGAUUCACGAGUCGGGACUGUCAAAUCCGUCGACGCCACAACUGAAAAACCGUUACCCGCAGACCAGGCCGUGCAGUUGGCUGUCGUCGUCGUCACCACCGUCUUCCUCCCCACACAGCACUUCUAAAAGCGCGUGAUUUAUGUUUGUGUGGGUUUUCCAUAUCCAACCCUUUCUCUCCUACGACCCACGUGAUGUGUGGACGCGCGCAAUUCGCAUUUCAAUUUUAUCACCUGCUGAUAGACGGACAAAAUAUUUUAUGAACGAUGGCGUUUGGUAAUCAAAAACAAAAAAUGUAAACAAUAAUAUUAUAUAAUUGUACAACCCUUUAACCGUGCCUGACCCACUGAACUGAAUACAUUAUAUUCAGUUCAGUGGUUUGACCUGAAACGACUUAAGUCGGGUCUCCGCGAUUUACGAGCGAAUCAACGACUAUCGUGGUGUCCGUUCACUGAUUUUUCUGCUAUCUUUCUGCUAAGUGGUGCAGUCGGAAAGUUCUUCUGAAUAUCCGUGUAUAGUAUAUUAUGUGGUACCUAUGUGAUUUAAUACGAACGAAUAACAAAAACUAUACUGCCUCGAUAAGCUAAAAUGCCACAAGUCACUAAAUAACAUUUUUGACAAAAACAUUUGUUUUCAUAUUUUUUAUUUCCUUAUAAUAUACUUAUACUAUACUACCAUAAUACCUUAUACAUUUUUUUAGGUACUUUUUACUGUAUGAAGUUUUUAAGUUUAUAACAUAUAUUAAUUUUUACAUUAAUCCUUACUGUUGGUAUCUAUACGUUAUGGAAACUUGUUUCAUAAGUAAGAAUAUUGUAUUUAAUUAUAUCGUUUUUGUUGAACAAUAUUUUAGACAUGAGUUAUGACAUAUCACCUAAAUAAGCGGAAUUUUAGAGUUUUUAAUUUGGCUUGAGUGCUUAACCUCAUUUUUUUUAACCUUUGGCAUUUUAUAGCUUGGGGAAGGCAGUUUAUAUGUAAUCUAUGUUAUACGUAUAUGUAUAAGUAAAUGUGCAAAACCUCAAAUAAUCGUAUUAAAAAUAAUUUGGAUUUGGUCGUUUUUACUUUAUAGAUACCUAUUUAACUUCAGGUACCUACUUAGUAUAUUAUAUUAUUAUAAUAAACAUUAUACUCAAAAUUCAAAUUCUUAUACCUCCCUAUAUGACUAAUGACCUCCAAUUAUCAAUAUAUUUUUAAUGUCACAAGUGAUUGGAGUUUCCAAAAAUCUUAACAAAUAAUUUCAACCCAUAUUUAAAGGAAUAAUGAUGUUUGCGCACACGCGAUAUUUUAAUAGUCAUUAUUAUGUGAUACAUAGGUACCUAAUAUAUGUCGUCUUUUCUUGUUGUACUAUAUUAAUAUUUUAAUACUUUUCCAUUUUUAUAAAUUCAUUUAAAAUUUUAAUAUAUUUAGAAAACAUUGUUUAUACCAGUUUUUUUGUGAAAACCAAAUGUUUGAAGUGUCAUGGUUUAGUUUUAAAUUUUAUUAGCAAAUAAUGUGUUCUUGAAAUUUGUGAAAAAUUAAAUAUAUUUUUUCAUGGUAUAUGAUGUUUACUGUACAGUGGUUAAUUAUAUCGAAAAAUCCUUAGUUGGUGUUAUAUGUUCAAUAUAUUACAUAUAUAUAUAUUUAAUAUGUUCAAUUUUAUACCAUCUCUACAAUUAUUAUGUAAUAUGUAUGUUUUAAAAAAAUGGAA